AUGCCCGAGUUUUUUUCCUUUACGCUUGGCGCUGAGACGAACCCGCGUGUGCUGCGCGGACCGGACGAGGAGUCACCGCUGCUGGUUGGCCGUCAGACAGCGGACGAGCAGGAAGGGGAGCAGGAAGAGGACGAGCAGGGCGAAGAGCCGGACGAGCUGGACGAGCUGGACAAGCAGGAGAGAGCAGCCGGGAUGGCGGCAACCCACACCAGCCCCAUGCCAGACGGCAUCCGCGCUGGCCGUCACGCUGGCCACAGCGCUGGCCGCUUGCAGGGGGACAGAUCGGACAGAUCAGUCAAUACGAGCGAGGACGGCCAUACGGGGCCGUUUCGACGUCGUGGGGGUCCCGUGCACCGCGUCAUGGGCCGCUGGUGGACGCGCUGGGCGCUUCUGGUGGUGCUGCCGGCCGUCGUGGCGGUGACCUGGUGUGCGGUGCCGAUGCCGCAGUGGGCAUUGGCCGAUGGCGAGAACGGAGGGUUGGGCAGGAACGGCGAACCGAAAAGACCGCCCGGUCACGGCGAAGCCCGCGUUCGCAUCGGCUUCUGGCACUUCCUCCUGGCCUACUACGGCCCCUACAACGGCGUCGCGCUCGUCUGGAUCACCAAGGUCUUCAACCUCUACGGGCUCAACUGGUGGGCUGACUCGCUCGGCUUUGUCGCCAGCGCCGUCCUGCUCGCUGCCGCCUCGCUCGCCGCACCUGCCCUGUUCUUUGUCGCCGCUCCCCAGACGGCUCGCCGGCUGCUGUCACACAAUACCGUCUGGGUCACGUGGACGUUUGCCGUCAUGGCCGUACCCGCGGCCGCUGCCCUCGCCCUGCUGCUGCUGCAUGAGCGCCAUCUCGGCCUGCGCCACGCCCUCUCGGCCACCCAGCGCAUCUUCACGACUGCCCGCUGGGCCGGCGAGCCGGACGGACAUUUUGUGCGCUUCCUCUGGCUCGUGAGUGCCCUCUUCAUCUCCUUGCUCGUCUUUGAGCUCGGCGAGGCCUCUGCCUCGCUCUUUCUUUCCGCUCUGCCCGCCAUGCGCCACGAAACGGUCUAUGCCGUUGUCUAUGUCUGGGGCUGGACCGUGACCGUCUUCCUGCUCGACCUCCUGACCGCCUGGAUCCUGGGUGGCCAUCAAGGCGAACGUGUCGGUAGCUAUCCAUUGGGAUGGGUCUUCAAACUCUACUUCAUGCUCACGUACCAAACCUACGUCCGAGCCCUCUACGCCCGCCUCCGCUCGCCCUCCCAGGUCAUCAUGCUGCAGGUCCUCUCCUCGUCCACGCUCAUCGUCCUGACCCCCGUCCUCAUGUCACCCUGGACCCAUCGGCUGCUCGUGGCCCUCGGCCUCAAUGGACUCGCCUACGGCGCCUACCAAAAGGUCUGCGCCCGCAAUGUCUUUGUGCGCUUCGUCGCCGAAAACGCCACCAUGCUCGCCUUCCUCGGCGCCCUGCUCGUCCUGCACUUCGGCCCCAAUCGCGACGUCUAUCCCUACUUUGGCUUCGACGACGAGCCUGUCAAUGCCACCGCCAACGCCUUGGGCAGCCUCCUCGAUCGUUUCGCCAGCCAAACCUACGGCUACACCCCCUCUCUCCCUGACUACCCUGUCCCACCCCCGCCCGCCUACACCUUCUCCUUCACGCUCUAUGCCGCCACCAUUACUUGGGCCUGCGAGCUCGUCGCCGCCGUCCUCGUCUCUUCGCUCAUCCUCUGCUUCUACGGCAUCGCCGUCGUCGCCGAGGCCAAGGCUGAUCUCGCCGCCUGGCCCGAACUGCUCCCUGCCAGUGUCGCCGUCACCGUUCAUGUCCUGCAGAAUAUGCUCUUCUCCAUCAUCCGCCUGCGCUUCUGA